AUGCUCUGCCUUGGGAAUGAGGACAAAGUGGAGCUUGACUGGGCUUUGAUGCUGCUGGCCCUGCAUUUGUGGCGCCGCGCUUCUGCCUUGGCAGACCGGAAGGAGUUCCUUGUGGAUAAUGAGCUCCUUCAGGCACCAACGUCAGGUCUGAGCUACUUCUUCUCCAAGAACCCAGAAGAUGUCGACGCGGGGAAGACAGCCAACUGGGGACAGGUGGUGUUGGGCAAGAAGCACGGCCAGUGGGUGAAGGUUGGGCA